AUGCUGGGCGUCGUGGAGCUGCUGCUGCUGGGGGCGGCGUGGCUGGCGGGCCCGGCCCGCGGGCAAAAUGAGACAGAGCCCAUCGUGCUGGAAGGCAAGUGCCUGGUGGUGUGCGACUCCAACCCCACGUCCGAUCCCACGGGCACAGCUCUCGGCAUCUCUGUGCGCUCCGGCAGCGCCAAGGUGGCUUUCUCUGCCAUCAGAAGCACCAACCACGAGCCGUCCGAGAUGAGUAAUCGCACUAUGAUCAUCUACUUUGACCAGGUACUAGUGAACAUCGGGAACAACUUUGAUUCAGAACGCAGUACUUUCAUCGCCCCGCGCAAAGGGAUAUACAGUUUUAACUUCCACGUGGUAAAAGUCUACAACAGACAGACCAUUCAGGUAAGCCUCAUGUUAAACGGGUGGCCGGUGAUUUCAGCCUUUGCUGGUGACCAGGACGUGACCCGGGAGGCCGCCAGCAAUGGAGUUCUCAUCCAGAUGGAGAAAGGCGACCGAGCAUACCUCAAGCUGGAGCGGGGGAACUUGAUGGGGGGCUGGAAGUACUCGACCUUCUCCGGAUUCCUGGUCUUUCCCCUCUGACUGGCUCAUCACCGUAAUGAAGGCAGGGAGAGGGCGAAGGCAGGAGGAAGGCAGGAGGGGGAAUGAGAAGACAGCACGACUGGAAACUUCCUACAUGGUCCCCAGCUGUAUCCGGGUAAAAGGUGUGCACCGGCCGCUGGUCGAACAACUUUGUCCGUUUCCUCAUUAGGAGAAGCAAAUUCUGCUUAGCUCUGCGCACUCCCAUUUCCAAAAAUAAACUCGCCUCCCCCAUUCCGGUUGAAGUAAUCAAGAAAGAGAGACUGCCUUGUCAUUGUUUCUUACCCCCAUGUUCAUGUUCCCUAAAAUUUAUACAAAAGAAACUUUGUAUUUCACUGUAUAACGUGAAAUAUCUUCCUCCUCAGCCCCCUCGGAAUCUUUCCACCUGCUGAAAUCUAAUAUACUCCUCCCCCUUUUUAGUUUGGAGAGGGGAAUAAGGUUUUUGUUUUGUUUUUUGAAUGGGGGAGGUAGUUUUAAUUUGGCAAGUGUUGCUCUUAAAACACCGCUCAAGAGUUAAUUAGCUGAAGAUACUUUGUGUCCUCCGCUGCUUGUUAGCAGAGACAGGACUUACCUUAGUGGUGACUGGUUCAAAAAUAUAUAUAAAUAUAUAUCAUUUGUAUUCAAAGAACUCUUCCCAGUGGAAACUGGCUGUAUUUCCGUAUUUCUAUGUCCUAUUCGGAGUGAUCGUGAAAUCUAAGGCUGCUUGAUGUUCUGAUGCUUGUCAAUGCCCUCGUGUUCUGUGACUCCACUAAAUGCCAGGAGGUUCUUCCGGACGCUUCCUCGUCCUCUGUAACAUACGUGUGAAUAGCCAAGAUUUAAUUUUGCUUUAACCCAAUAAAGUUGAAGUGGGACUUUUA